GCUGCGCACUCAGUCUCCACUCCGCCGUGGUUGUGUUCGGAUCGACGCGAGGAUGUCGUCGGAUAAAAGUUCGCCGGACGAGAAGGCGGCCGAGACGGCGGCGUGCAAAGGAGCUCACGCCAUGACGAAGGACUUCGUGAUGCAGCAGACCAUGCUGCGGGUCAAGGAUCCCGUCAAGUCGCUGGACUUCUACACGGGGCUGCUGGGCAUGACGCUGCUGCAGAAGUUCGACUUCCCGUCCAUGAGGUUCUCGCUCUACUUCCUGGGCUACGAGGACAAGAACGAGAUUCCCUGCGACGUGAAGGAGCGCACGUCCUGGACCUUCAGCCGGAGGGCCACGCUGGAGCUGACACACAACUGGGGUUCAGAGACCGACGACACUCAGACCUACCACAACGGAAACUCGGACCCUCGAGGCUUCGGUCAUAUCGGCAUCUCCGUCCCAGAUGUCUACGCUGCCUGCGAGAUGUUCGAGAAGGCAGAGGUCACGUUCGUCAAGAAGCCCGACGACGGUAAAAUGAAAGGUCUGGCCUUCAUCCAGGACCCGGACGGAUACUGGAUUGAGAUCCUGAGUCCCAACAACAUGGUGUCCAUCACCUCCUAGGAGCCGCCGCCGGACCUUGUUCUUCUGAGCCCUGGAUGUGCGGCCCGAGACCCGGGCCGGGACUAGCCCCGGACUGUCGACCCCACCGCGGAUCCUGACGGGUCGCCUGGCGCCGAGCUGCUGUGUUGGUGUGGAAUAAAGCUUCCGACUGUUCUGA